AUGCUCUCGAAACUCAUCCUAAUCAACAGAAUCGUUUUUCUCGCCUUCCACCACCUCUUCUCCCGUCUCCGUCUCAAGGUCACCUCCCUCAUCCACCGUAUCACCUACCGCCCCGUCAGCAGUCCUCGCGAUAUCGUCGUUAUCGGCGCUUCUUUCGCCGGAUACCACGCAGCCUACUGUCUAGCGCACUCAUUGCCAAGCGGAUUUCGCGUGACAGUCAUUGAGAAGAAUUCGCAUUUCCAACUUACUUGGGUGUUACCCCGGUUUUGCGCAGUACAGGGACAUGAAUCCAAGGCGUUUAUUCCGUACGGGCCGUAUUUAGCUAAGGCUCCAGGUUCGGCGUAUAGGUGGGUGUGUGAUGAGGUGACUGCUAUUGUCUCCGAUAAGAAGGGGAAUGGAGGAAGAGUCCAGCUACGGUCAGGGGGUAUGAUUGUCUACGAGUAUUUGGUUUUAGCAACGGGGUCGUCGGCUACGUUGCCAUCGCGUGUUGGGGAGGAGAGUAAGGAAGAUGGGAUACUGGCGUUGCGGGAAGAGCAUCAGCGGCUGCGCGAAGGUCGCAAUGUGGUUGUGAUUGGGGGUGGACCUGCUGGGAUUGAAUUGGCUGCUGAUGUGAAGACUGAGGAUCCGGAGAAAAAUGUCACCCUGAUCCACUCGCAUGGAACAGUGUUGAACAGCCAUUUCGGGAUGGAUAUGCGUCAGCGCGUAUUGAACGAAAUGGAGACGCUUGGUGUCAGAGUCAUCCUGGGUGAACGGCCGUCUGCGUCGGAUGAGACGACUGAAUUGACACUGAGCACGGGCGAGAAGAUCCCGUGUGACUGCUUGGUCAAAUGCAUCGGUCAGAAACCCAAUUCAAAUCUUUUGUCAUCCUCGGUUUCUCCCUCGGGACAUAUCCAAGUCCGACCAUCGCUGCAACUAGCUGAUCCAUCCCUGGGCAGUGUCUACGCAGCUGGCGACAUUAUCGACAGGGACAUCAUCAAAAAUGGCCGGGCGGCUAUCGAGCAAGCGCAAAUUGUAGCACAGAAUAUUGUUCGACAAAUCCAGGGGAAGCAGCUGGUUACAUAUCAAGCGCAGUGGUGGGAGGGCGCUACCAAGUUGACUAUGGGACUGAAGAAGAACCUGGUGUAUAUGAAUGACGGGAAGACAGAUAUGAUUUUUUCGAUGAGGAGUAAACGCGAGGAUUUGGACAGCGCAAUGGUCUGGCGGUUUUUCGGGGCGAAGCCGUACGAGGACCCUGAAUGA